AUUUGGACGUGUCAAAAACUUGCGUUUCGAAUAGACCCUUUUCCCUUUUUUUUCAUCGGGCGUCCGUUACUGUGCAUUCCAGAUCAUUACACGGUGUGUGCUGGUGCCUUCGGUUGUUGUGGCAUUAUUUAGAUCGGAUCCGAUUGGAUCAUCUUCGGUUUGUGCCGGCAAUGUUUCUGUGCAAAACGAAACCCACUGACAAGUGGCUGGACGCGCAGUGUGACGGUACGGCGGCAUUGCACACGCUGCCCUCAUGCAUGACGCUGUGCGAUCUGAAGAACGACAACUACUACCAGCUGGUGACGGUCGAUGUGCCACUCUUUGACUUUGACGUCAAGCCCAAGCUGAAGGUGUACAAGGGAACGAACCUGAUCAGCGAGCAGCAUCUGCCGGGGAUUCCGAGCGCGGUCGAGAGUCUGUACAUCAACGAUCAGGAACCAAGGAUACCCAUCAUUGCAGUUGCCGUAGAAUCGUCGGUGCUGUUCUAUCGUAACAUGAAGCCAUACUACAAGUACACCGUGCCGAGCAUGACGAUAGAACCGCUCGAGAUAGACGUGUGGAAGAAGCUGCCGGUAGAGCGAGGUGAUGCGCUGGAUGCACUGGUCGAUAGUUUGCGCUCGAUCGAACCUUCGCAGAUGACACUCCAAACACAGGAGUUGCUUAGCUUGUCCGAAAGUGAGCGUGGCGGCUACAUUCGGACGAAUGCGGAGCGCAAGCUGGAACGUUUGUCUAUCAUCACGUCCAUGGACACGAUCAAGAAAGCUUCAAAUGAUGUCAAAUCGGCGUCCUGCUUGAUCCUUGCGACCGAGUGCGGUGAGCUUCUUGUGCUCGAUACGCAAGCGUUCGUUGUCCUUGCACAGGCUAAGGUUGGUCCGUUCCGUGGGACUCCGAGCAUGAUUUCGGCAAGUGGUCAGUACGAUAUCGACUACCGCGUGGUAAUUGCGACACGGGAAGGUGCCCUAUAUUUGCUCCGUAAGGGAUGGCUUGCAGGGCAGCAUAUCGUGAAGCUGGAGAAUCCUGCCGCUGGCCUCUCUUUGCUACCGAUCGAUCAGACCAUCGUGGUCGUUUGUAUGAACCAAUCACUCGUCUGCUAUUCCAAAAAGGGCAAGAAACUGUGGACGGUGAAGUUACCCCAGCCAGCCGUAUGCAUGACACCCGUAUGUCUGCCCCAUCUCGGUAUCAACCUAGUUUGCGUGUGUCUGAAGGGUGGCUUAGUCCAGUUCUACAGCCAGAAAAAGUUGGUAGACCAAUUCUACGCUCCCGAGUCGGUAUCGGCCCUAACCUUUGGCAGACUCGGGCAGGAGGAGCACGUCCUCAUUCUGGUCACCAUCGAUGGUUCACUGAUCGUGAAGAUCCUCAAGCGAACGGCCGAGUUUGUGACAACGGACAACAUGUACGACAUCAAAACUACCGAGGAACCUCCGGGUAAUUUGCAGAUUCCGAAAAAGACGAAAAUCUUCGUCGAACAAACGCUCCGCGAGAAGGAACACGCGGCCACCAUACACAACUCGUUCCAGUCGGAGCUUUGGCGCAUGCGACUCACGACAGCGCGAGCCACAGUGGACGUCAUUAACUCGGCCGACAGUAACAUGUCCACCGUGGAUGUGGGUCUUGCUCCGAUUAAGCUGGCAGCGGAAGUACUCGGGCUGGGACCAACCUUUAAGCUGUUUCUGAUGCUGGAAAACAUCUCCACCCGCAAGGAAGCGACCGGUCUAAACGUGCUGAUACAGGCUGACCAUCGUCAUUAUCUUGUGGAGCGUCCGUUCUUGAAGCUGCCAAUGCUGGUGCCAGGAUUUCCGAUCCGUCUAGACUUUCGCGUGACGGUUACCGUCGACCCAGCGGAUGGAUUACCGCCGGUGGACUUGACACCGGAAAAUUCACACAUUAAGGUGCUGGUGUUUAAAAGCGGACAGACUAAACCGUUGAUCGCGUCGACCGUGGUAAUGCCUCAGCCAGAGCCUCAAAUUUUGAAUUCUUUCUAACGACGUGGAACCCCUAACAGUCCACCUAAACCGGGCUUACAGAUCGUUAUUUUCAAAUUGAGUGCAACUCUACCACGCAAGUAAUGGUGUGCAUGGUCAACGGUUUGCAUGCAAUCCCAUGAAGCGUUUUGCAUGAAGCGUUUCUUACAGACGCUUGGAUUUCAAAUAUAUUUACAUGAUGUUUAUGUACCAUUUUACAGAUAAUGACUUCUCCGAGUAUCAAUAGAGAAAAUAAGAAUUUCAACACAAUGCCGUGGAGAAUAUUCGAUUGAGAGGAGUCUUACAUCACUCAAGCAUGGUGGCCAAGG